ACUUUGUGCUUUGAUAUGUUGAAAUUAAUAACAUUAGCCACUUUAGCGCGUUACGUGGUUCAGAUCAGCGCAACCAAUAUGUUGGGUCCAGGAAUAUGGUCACUGAUAAGUAUAAGCAAAUGUCCUAUGGAUUUGAAUAAUGAAGUGCUGAAGGUCGAAAUGGACAAACAUAAGCUGAACCGCACGCACGACGGCAUCUCCGCCGACGUCAUUACUACCGAAACCAUCGAUAGUAAAUAUGCGGCUUUAGUUGAAAUUUGUAAGUACGUGGAUGGAGGGUGCAAGCCAUAUCAAAUACUUUCUGACAACGAUGUCGUGAGCAUGUUGAAUAAAUACGCCGAAGAAAAUGUGCUCAAUGCGCUCACGCUGGCCAAAAUUGACCCGCCUGAAUUCCCGGUCGAAAAGGGAGAAUAUCACGUCGACGACUACGUGAUGGACUACUGCAAGUUGCCCCGCGAGGCCGUCUACGGCAAGUUCGAGACCCUGUCCUUCCUAAUGCUCAACGGCGAGAAGGUCGGCUGCAUCAAAUGCGUGCUAGAAUUUAACAAGUUCGAGGACGACGAGAACUACUGCGACGAAUGAUAUCGACGUGACACUCGCUCGAUACAUGUAGAGAUACGAAUAAAGCGAACGUAAUCCGA